CCGGUCCUCUCUCCAGUCCCGCCUCUGCUUGGUGACUGCUUUGGGGGCGCAGGGCUGUGUCCGGGGGAGGGAUAACUCUUUUGGAAAGGAGGUCUGCACCUUUAACCCCGCAGAAAUCGGUGUUCAGACACCGUGGGGCUGGAGGAGAAGGACCCGAGGGCACAGAACUGUGGGCGCAUCACACACAGAUCUUCCUAAUCCCAGAGGAGGAAAGAGGGAAGGUGAGCUGUGUGGGCCAAGUCCAGAGGACCAAGACCAGAGACAGGGCCUCCCCUCUUCAGGGCCAUCGGAUUCAGGACAGUAAUGACCGGCAGGGCCAGAGUUCAUGCCCGAGGCAGACGGCGGGACACACCACCCUUGGAGCCGGCUCAGCCCGAGGCGGCGAGGGGACCCCCAACGCCUCGAGUGCCCGGAACCGGCCCUCCACUGAGCUUCGCUGAGUUAGUGAAACGAGGCACAGCGGCUCAGCAACCUCGUCAGAUCCAGCCUAGACUCCAGUCACUGACGGGAAUUAGACACGUGGCCGGGGCUGGGCCACCAGCAGGAGCAGAAGCGGUGUCUCAGCCUUCAGAACUUCAACCGGCGUCUGGAUCACAGGGAUCCUUGCUGAGGAAGAAGAGGGAUGUUGGUAGAGAUUAUCAAGACUUUGUGGUAAAUACUCGGCAGAAUUUGGUCCACGUUAGAGAGUCGACAAAAGGCACGCAAGGUAGCCCGGUAAUGCUAUUUUCGAAUCAUGUCCGACUCAAGUCUUGCUCUCAGAAGCAUUUAUACAAGUACAACGUCAUCUACACACCAGACAUAGAGGAUGGACGCAAACGGGAAGCUUUACUCUCUGAACUUGAAAAGUUACUGGGAAAUCGUUGUAUAUACGAUGGAAAGUCUUUGCUGUUACCUCACUCGCUAGGGGAAAUGAAAAAGGAAGUGGUCAGCAAGUUGAAAAAUGAACCUGUGACGAUAACCUUCGAGCUCUCCAGAGAACUCCAGAGCACUUCUCCAGACUGCCUCCGCUAUUACAACAUCCUCUUUAGAAAAAUGUUAGAGAAGAUGGAUUUGAACCAAAUUGGUCGCAACUAUUACAAUAAAAAUAAGAAGACUGAGUUCAAUGAGUAUAGGUUGGAAAUAUGGCCUGGCUAUGUUACUUCUAUUCUUCCGUAUGAAAUCGGUCUUACUCUCUGUGCUGAUGUGAGCCAUAAACUGCUCCGAAUGGAAACUGCUUAUGAUUUAAUAUCACACACUCGUGAAAAAGCCAGAGGAGAAGAUGCCAAAGAGAAAAUUCUUAGAGAAUUAGUUGGGUCGUCUGUUCUUACAAAGUAUAACAACAGAACCUACAGAGUGGAUGAUAUUAUUUGGGAGAUGUCUCCCAGCUCUACAUUUACCAAAUCAGAUGGCAGUGAAAUCUCCUUUGUAGACUACUACAAAGAGCGGUAUGGUACAGUGGUCACUACCUUAAAUCAGCCACUUUUGAUCACCAAAGGCAAAUGGAAAAAGAGCCGACAGGACACAUCUCAUCAGCCUAUCAUGCUGGUUCCUGAGCUAUGCCACCUGACAGGCUUAACGGAUGACAUGCGUAAAGACUACAGAAUGAUGAGAGACUUGUCUACCCACACGAGGAUGGAUCCAGAUAGAAGGCAGCAUAAACUGCUGACAUUUAUGGAUGCUUUAAGAAAAAAUAAUACUGUGCAGAAGGAGCUUCGAGACUGGAAUUUGGAACUCGAAGGGGGGUUUUUGUCCUUUUCUGGAAGAACCCUGCAAGAUGUAAGAAUUCACCAAGGAAGAAGGAUGUUUGACAACCAUAAAGCAGACUGGUCAAAAAACACAAGGGAGGUACCAUUACUUAGAGCAAUGUCACUGGAUCAUUGGCUAAUAGUCUAUACUAAGGGAAAUUAUGAAACAGCCCUGACCUUGCAGCAGAAUCUACAGAAAGUGACACCCAAAAUGGGCAUAACUGUUAGAAAUGCAAAACUGCUCGAAGCAGCUGAUACAGUCCAAUCUUACAUAAGAACCUUGGAAAAACACGCUUCACAAAAAACACAGAUGGUCCUUUGCCUGCUUCCCACUGACAACAAGGAAAUUUACGAUGGCAUAAAAAGAUAUCUGUGCAUCAAUUACCCAAUUCCAAGCCAGUGCGUGUUGAAACGGACCUUGGACAGACCUAAGACGCCAGUGACCAUAGCUACAAAAAUUGCUCUGCAGAUGAACUGCAAGCUUGGAGGUGCCCUCUGGAAGGUGGACAUAGGACUGCAGAAUGCAAUGUUCAUCGGUAUCGAUUGUUUCCACGAUAUUGAACGUCGACGGAAGUCAGUCGCGGGAUUUGUAGCAAGCAUCGAUCCAGACCUGACGCGGUGGUUCUCUCAGUGUAUCAUCCAGCAGUCGGGGCAGGAGCUUGUCAAGGGGCUGACAACCUGCUUGUAUACUGCCCUGAAGCUCUGGUAUGAACAAAAUUCAUCUCUGCCACAUUCUAUCAUUGUGUAUCGAGAUGGAGUGGGAGACGGACAGCUUCAAGCUCUCAUAGAUCAAGAAGUAAAACAGAUGGAGUCCUACUUAGAAAAAGCUUACAGAGGACAAAAGGUCAGACUAACUUUCAUUGUGGUGAAGAAACGAAUAAAUACCAGAUUUUUUAUUGGAAAGGAUGGAGGGAGACUUAACAAUCCAUCUCCAGGAACAGUUAUUGACCUAAAGGUGACUAGGACAGAAUGGUACGAUUUUUUCAUUGUGAGUCAGUCUGUGCGGGAAGGGACUGGUACUGUCACUCCCACUCAUUAUAACGUCAUCCACGACACGCUUUACUUGAGCCCGGAUGCAGUACAGGGUCUCACUUACAAACUCUGCCACAUGUACUACAAUUUUCCGGGUAUCAUCCGAGUUCCUGCUCCUUGCCAUUAUGCCCAUAAGCUGGCUUACUUGGUGGGCCAGAGUCUUCAGCAACAACCACACGAAUCUCUGUCAAAAUACCUCUUUUACCUUUAACCUACAGAAGAAAGCACAAUGGGAUGCUGAAAAACAUAAUUUGUACAUUUAUCUUCUCAUUUUGCAUCUGUACAUCUGAAAUAUUUUUUCCAGAUGCAUGAUCAGAAUUUAAAACCAUUCUUGACAUGGAUGACAUUCAGAGAUUUUAAGCUAUUUUCAACACAAUAACUAACUUAAACAUGAGGUUUCUCUUCUCCAGGUGGGAGAACUGACAAUGAAGGUUUUUUUUUUUUUGACAAUGAAGGUUUUUGACUCACAAUUUAACCUCUCAAAUGUGUUAGGAAGACUUUAUGAUUCAAUGUGCCUGAAUCCUCUCCUCCAAGUAAAGCUGCUAUAACUGUAAAGGUUGGGAAUUAGUCACAUGGAGAAUAUGUCUAUGAACAAGUAAAUUCUACUUGGAAAAAUCAUACCUACUUUAUUUUUGAAACAACCUUUUCCUUAAGGACAGCGAAGAUUUAACAGUGGCAAAAUUAAAUGGAAAUUUGUGUUUAAUAUUUUAUAAGGAAGAAAUAACCUACAUGUGAAAUAGUUUAUCCUUUGUACACAUGUAAUAAUCAAUUUUUUUCUGGUGGAGCUGUAGUAAGGAUUUGAAAGUUGGCAGCUCAGGAACAUAAUAUUUUGUCAUUUUUCCACAAAGAAAGUAAAAAAGGGCUUUGUUAGCAUUUGUUUAAUUCAUUCUCUUGUGCAUGUUCUAAAUGUGACAUUAUGUGAUAGCUGUACCAUCAUCAGAAGAUAAGCUAUUUCAAGUUGUCAUGUUUUUCCUGAAAGCAGAAAUUUUUUCUCUCUCCACUUAAACCUACCUUUAAAUAUACUUAAGAGACAGCAUGUGAAACUUUUAUUUUCCUAUACUCCUAAAUGGAGUGGUAUUUUUUUUUUUUUUUUUUGUGGUGGGGUGGUUAGGGAGAAUAGACAGGCUUCGAAUAUAUCCAAAAUGAUAUGCUUAAAAAUAAUAUAAUUGCUUUGAUUAUAGGUUAACCAUUUAGGUUUGAGCCUGUCUUAUAAGAAAAUGAAAACAAGUUAUUUAAAUAUACUGCAGUCCAGGUAAUGUCCUACCUAGCUAUAUUGCCAAUAAUGAUAAAUGUAGGAUAUGGUCUCCAUGAUUAAAGAUAACAUAUUCUCUUCUAAAGCUAGAAUUUGAUUUAUGAUAAUACAUGUAUGAUAGCAGGUUUCGAGAGAUCUACAGAAAUCACUUGGAACAAAUUCAAAGUAGUAAGAACUUUAUGAAUGUUUUCU